AUGUCAUUGUUCCUGCGAUAUCCUGACUUUCUGGAUGCUUAUCUAUCUAUCUAUCUAUCUAUCUAUCAAUCUAUCUAUCUAUCUAUCUAUCUAUCUAUCUAUCUACGUCUUACCUUCUUUUUUUCUAUCUAUUUCUAUAUGUCGUUUUCUAUUCAUUAUCUAUAUCUAUCUAUCUAUCUAUCUAUCUAUCUAUCUAUCUAUCUAUAUAUAUAUAUAUAUAUAUAUUCAUUUAUCUAUCGAUCUCAGUACCUUCUUUUUCUAUCUAUCUCUCUAUAUCCUUUUCUAUUCAUUAUCUAUCUAUCUAUCUAUCUAUAUAUAUAUAUAUAUAUAUAUAUAUAUAUAUAUCUUUUCUAUUCAUUAUCUAUCUAUCUAUCUAUCUAUCUAUCUAUAUCCUUUUCUAUUCAUUAUCUAUCUAUCUCUCUAUGUCAGUACCUUCCUUUUAUCUAUCUAUUUAUCUAUCUAUCUAUCUUCAUGAUUUAUAAUCUAUCUAUCUAUCUAUCUAUCUAUCUAUCUAUCUAUAGUGUAAAGCUCUUUUGUGCUUUACUCCAACGCUACUCAGAGUACGUCACGAAAGGCGGCGACGGUACGCGAAUUGUCGUCUGGCGGUUGCCUGCAGCCGACAAAAGCUGA